AUGGCGCUGUCUGGACCGGUGGCAGGAACGGACAGCUUUCUGGAACGCGAUUGGCGGGUGCCACCUGAGAUGUCAUGUGAUCGUUUGAGGGUCGCCAGUCUGUCCUGGCGCCGCUUUCGGAAGCUCUUUGGGCUCUACGUGAAGGACUUCUUGGUGCCGAAACGGCGGGAACGCUUGGCGAAAGACGCCAGGUUUCUGACGAGGAACUCCAGCCGUGGCAAACUGCGUGAGCACUUCUCCAUGGUGUUGAAAUAUCUCAGUGGCACCCAGCCCGACUUGCCGGAUGAGCUUUGUUUCUUUGGUGAGAUGGCUGCCUUCUUGGUACUCCAGAGGGAAACCGGGGAAUGGAGCCACAGUGAGGUCAUUUCUCAGGUGGAGUUUGUGAGCUGGAUGGGCCGAGACAGUGGCUGGCCACUAUGGACAGGAACGCAGAUGGGCCUCCAGGGUAAUCCGCGACCUUUGCCAGGCGAUUUUCCCAUGGACUAUACUGCUGUUCUUGCUUUGGAUCCGCCGGAAAACUCGAUGCGUGCCAGAUGGCAAGAAGUGAAACCGCGAGUUGCCAUAGUGGGUAGCCAUUCCUCACAGCUAACACAAACUGGUGAGAUGCUACAAGAGCUCAUAACACCACUGGAAUUGCACUAUGCUGGGUGCGGCUACCGUGAACCUAUAUGUAAAGAACUUGAUAGCGAUCCCAACUCUGAUCUCGCGAAUGGAAUUUGGUAUGUGGACAAGGAACGCAUCACACGGGGCAUGCUGGCAGAUCGCAUUCCGGGCUAUGACCUUGUAAUCGUUAUAGACGUGGGUUUGAGCCGGCUUUUGCGCCAGCUGUCUCAGGAAGUUCCCAUUUUGCAUGUCAUAGGCCUCUACCCUCUGACCGAACUGGCAGCAGACAUCUCAGAAGAACUGUUGCUAAGCUCUGAACAUCCAAAAACAUAUUCAGUGGCGACUUCAGGGGUUUGUGCAUUGCACCUUGCUUGGAUGACUGGCUUUAGACUACCUGUGAUCACACCUCUCCCGCAUCCCACAGUGGUUUAUGAUCCAAACAGCACUCUUGACAUGGCAUCCUACCGCCGGACCCUGCUACAAUGGCGUGGGGAUGUGCUUUGGAACACCAUCGCUGGGAGUACCUUCUGGGUUUGGCUCCAACUCUUGUUCCAUCGCAGUGCGGCCCUGGACAUUUUGCGCAUGACAGGAGCGAUGAGCUGGUCGCGAGUGAGUCAGCACGAUGCUGUCCUCUUCGUCCCCGAGGAUCUCACGAAGAUCGCCUUCUGGGAUCUCUAUGCAGCAGGGAUGCCGAUCUUUGUGCCUGACGUGGAGGUCCUAGCCAUGCUGCUGUGUUUUGAAGAGAGCUCGGUGAAGAAGAUGCACUACUUCGAUACAAGUGCACGGCAGGUGUUCAGUGGAACUGGGCAGUUUGAAGACUUGGAACCGUUUGAUCUGAGAAGACAUUGUGUGCAGAAGCUGCAACUCUGGGCACCAUUUGCUGACUGCUACCAGUUUCCACAUGUGAUGAUUUUCUCCUCCUCGUUGCAGCUCUUGGAGUGGCUCCAGCAGGAGGACCUGCGGCAGCGCAGCGCGCAGAUGCGCCGCAGCGCUGCGGAGCUGCGACGGCGCUCCAUGGAGCGCUUCGCCGCGGCGCUGGCGCAGGUCGCAACGUGAAGGAGAGGUCGGUCUGUGGUGCUUGUAGCCUUUGCAGCUUCAGCCGGAACUGGGAUUUUCUGUGCAAUAGAAGAAGCUCUGGAAGUUGUGGCAGUUAAUCUCUUGGUCAAAGUAAGCCACAGGAUACUUGUCAAAGUGCAACAGCAAGAUUUGUUCUACCUGGAUGAGUUCAUCUCGCACUGUGGCAGCCUCUGGCGAACAAUGCAGCAUGGCACGCAGAGUCACAUGCAGGUGCAGCCUGGUGCAUGCUCACCACGUGCAGCGGCAUUCAGGUUGUCCACAACGGAAACAGAAUUCUAGGUCCUUGGUGGCUGAUGUUGGACAUGAGAUCCAAUUGGGAAUCUCAGUGUGGGAGCGACCUGAUCUUUCUUCCAGCCCAAAAA